AUGCGACAUUAUUUGGCCAUCUGGACAUUUGAGUUUCCUACUGAAAGGCGAGAUAAUAUAAAGUACCACAAGCCAUCAUGUUGUUCCAGUCGAAGAGCGCAAAUGUUUACAAUGACACAUUGCUAUGAAAAUGAGACGGAGUCAAAUAUUAUGAAAUCGCCUUCAUUGAACGAUGGUCGGGAAGAAUUCCAGAUUGCUUUCAAGGUUGUGUAUGUUCACACCCUAUUCACGGCUGAUCACAGCCAAGUGAUUUGA